AUGAAUAGUGGUAUCCAAAGUAUCCGGGCCGUCGAGACAAGGAUGCACCAUCGGGCUCUUGAGCCAGCGAGAUGGCUGAGCCGUUUUGAACGGGCGGCGUCUCAGUCUUGGACUGCUAUUGACCUAUCACCUAGCGGUCGGGCUGUAUACUGUACUUGUGAUUGGAAGACGACCUCUUUUAGUAUCGUUAUUGUUGGACCUGGUAUAGUUGACCCCAUCUGCUGGGACGGAGCAUUUGCCAGACCCCAAAGAAUGGUUCACCAGCCGCCCUACGAACCUGACUGUCGGGUCCAGCUGCGUACUAUUAACUUUGGGGUUUUUGUAAAUAACUACCCUGUCUAUAUCCAUCAUCUGUUGUACGAGGUAGUUACCGCAAGCGUAGCCUAUGAAGAGGCAGAAACUUUAAGAUCCCUUCAACCAAGCUUCAGGAGGACGUUAAUGAUAAUUUCUCCCUCCAAGAUUCCUAAAGAAUUUGGCAAUCAGCAAGGGCCCUGUUUAGGGGAACUAUUCGACCCCACAGCAUGCCUAACUAAAGCGCAAUUUGGAUAUUUCAUCAAUCUUACUACGUGCAGCAAGGCUCUUAGCACGUCUCCGUGCGUCGCUCCAUUAGAGAAGAGAAAUUUCCCUUUGAACGGAAAACGGAAUGGGCUUUUUUUUGCGUCGUUGACUGCAGACUUCGACAUACCGCUGCCUUCAUCGGAGCAACACAUACACCUCUGCAACGGAAGUUGCUUACGGAAUUCAGUUUUCACACUGCGACGAUCACGCAAUGGAUGGAUUUGGGAAAUCCUCCUCGUAUCGUUACAAACCGAAAAUGAGAGGUGGGUUCCAGUUCAUAAUUGCCUUGGGGUGCUGAAGCGCAUUCGUGAAUAUCUUGCGAGCGGCAUGCCCAACUCGCAGGACUGCGUAUCCUCUUGCAUGCGUUCGAGCCGUGUGGCAUUUGUCGGGAUCUCGUUUAAGCCCAACUGGAACCGUGUUCGCAAGCGCUGUAUAUAUACCUCUCUCUUUAUCAAGAUGUGA